CACGGAUGGACAAAAGCGAAUUUUCUAGUGUAAAACAAAAUGGCCGCCGGUGGCACAAAAUGGCGGACGAGAUGCCGCUUAGGCGCGGUGCUGUUCGCUAUCUUGAUACAAGUUAUAAACGACAGGAGAUAUUAGGUGAACUUAUUGGUGUAUCAAUGCAUUGCAUUAUGCUACUGUAUUUUGGAUUCGAACAAAGUCGGGCAAUUUUUCAGAGCGGCAAAACUGAGGAAGGCGAAAUCCUUAUAAGGAAAACACGUUACGAAGAAAUGUACACAAUAACGAACAUAUCUCCAAAAUCAGCAGCUCAAUUACCGGAAGAUGUGGUGCUACAAACAAGUCAAACAGAAAGUUUAGCAUUUAGAAUAGAACCAAGUGUAGCAUUUAAUGAUGGAGAUUUAGUACCUGAAGAUAUUAUAAAUGAUAGUGAAGAAGAAAACCUUGUAAGGAUUGCAAGAUCUGUCGACCCUAAUGAUCGAGAGUCACGUUCUAUACAUAUUGAAGAUGUUCCAUUAGCCAAUAACGAAAUAGACAAUCACAUAGAAUUACACAAUAAAAGGAAAUACUAUGAAAUUAGGCCAACAAAGAGUUUAGAUUACUUCAAUAAAGAUGAUGAAAUCGUCAUGUCUUCUGACGGUUUUGGCGAUAGACUAGAAUUUAGGUUUCCGGGGGAAGGGAAAAGGGUCCCGGUAGCGCGCGCACUGACGCUCCCGGGGCCCAGAAUUCGGCCUACUGCAGUGCAGCCGAUUUUUGCGACUUCCAACCUUAAUCACCAGGGAAGGCAAAAUAGCGAGAUACAAAAUAUCAUUACUGGUAUUGUGAAGCUUUUAAAUGGCAAUGUGAACGUUCAAGCUAAUUCUCAACUUUUAAAUGGUCGACCAGGGCGACCUAUGGCAUCUAGAAUCAAUAAUCGUGGGCCUCCAAGAAUUUCAGAUCUUCCGCCAUUACCUGAAUUUGAUCCGCCAGUGACUCCUCCAAUGCAUGCCUAUCAUCCAACUAAAACACCACCUCCUUAUCCCUUCGAUCGACCACCGCAUCAUGGUGUCAAUUUACCUGAACAAAUUGUACCACCAAUGACUCAUAGACCAGGAUUUCAUAGACCAAUGCCUCCUUGGCAGAGGCCUCGUCCUAGGCCACCGAAUAGAAGGCCUAAUCCUGGUCUUCCUAUAUAUAAGCCUGCCCUUCCACCUCUCCCUCAUGAUCUUCCAGAAUUAGAAGACAAAAAACCUGAGGAAGAACAGACUGUAAGCGAGAAUGAAACUAGUAAUUCCGAAAAUACUAUACAUCAUGAAGAAAACAUUAUGCCAAUUCCGGCUCUUCCAGGAGGAAAUAGCACAGAGGAAACAGACGACGAUAAUGAUGAUGAUGAAGAAGAAACAACCACAGUCACUGAAACUACUUCUACUUCAACAACAACAACAACAACUAGCACAACAACUGAAGCAACAACUAGUACAACUACUACGACAACGGAAAAACCUACAGAGAAAACUACAACAACGACUGAACAACCAACUACAUAUCCAGUCACAACUGAGAAAAUAACAACAAGCGAAAAACCAAAAACAGACAAGCCAUCCAAAUUAGAGAAAGAUAAGAAAAAAGAUUCAGGUACGGAUAAGGAUAAAGUAAACAAAGAUAAAUACAAAAUUAUUGAUGAAAAACCAGUAAAUAAAACUCUAAAAGAAGAAACUAUUGUGAUUCCUAUAAUUGAAUCAUCAUUAUCAGAGUCUCAAACCACAUCAACCGUAUCUAUUGCUGCACCGACACCGACAGAAGGCUUGCUGACUCAUUCUCCAGCUUUAAUUGAUUCGUCUAGCUCAGUUAAUGUCGUCAAAACAUCAUCAAUUAAUACUGAAGCGUUACCUUCUUCCCAGGGCAUCCCUUACCAGCCAUAUCGCCCACGUCCCGGUAUAGUUCUAGAUGACACUGAUUUCAAACCCCAUGGUUCUCGCUAUAGACCAUCAGAAGUUGCUGUCAUUACUGCACCGGAGACCAGGCUACCAGGGUAUGGUGAAAUCUUUGACGUUACCGUCUCUGCUAUUCAAGGCCCAGGAGGAAAAGGAGCAUCAGUCCACAUUGAAAACGUGAACCCACUAUCUGGACACUCUGAUCAUGAUGACAUCAUCGUAUCCGCAUCAGGAGAACAAGGCUUCGUAUCUAUUGACGGCAAAAGAACUUACUUGAAUCUCUUUGAUACUUCUACCGCUGCAGAAGUUAGCGUUAGACCGACUCAUGUUCAAAAACCACCUAUACAAGCUUCUGUACCUCCGUUGCCGGCACCACCUCACGAUGCUACGAUCGGGACAGGAGUGGCAAUUCCGGCUGAUGAUGUUCCCCACUCUCCAACUCCUCCGGUGCGAAGGCCACAACCCCAUCAGCCAGUACAUUCGAGACCACAGCAACCGUACAGAAGACCACAUCCUCCAAUAAGAAUAGAUACGUGCAUCGUCGGGGACGAUUCUACAUGUGACCAGGCGCAAAAUGAAAAGUGUAGAACUGAAUCGGGUAUAUCAAGUUGUCAGUGCAGGCCAAGUUAUGCGAGAAGAACUCACAGAGACCCUUGCAGGCGAGUGGUGUCUUUGCUCCUGAAUCUGAGAGUUGACAGACUUUAUGACAGGAAGGUGGUUUGGGAUCUGAAAUUGGCUGAUAAGGAAUCUGAUCCAUACCAGCAACUGAGUUUUGAAGCGAUACGAGCUAUGCAAGAAAGCCCGGAGACAUUACGUACGGCGGUGGCGACGGAGAUACAGAAGCAUGUGCUGGGAGUCAUACGGCGCCGCUCCAAUAACGUGGGUGCCUCCGCGCUCUACGUAGACACGCCUGCCGGCAGCGUGCUGCCACUCAGGGGUACCGCAAACAGCUGCCACUUUGAUUCAGACAAUCAACAUUUCCGAUGCUUUGCUCACAUUUUAAACCUUGGUGUACAAGAUUUAUUAAAGACCUUAGCAUUACACUGUGAGACUGACACUAACGCGCAAGAUCAACAGUAUGAAGACUAUGCAGACGAAACUGAGGAAGAUGAAGAAGAUGAAGAAUAUGCACCAAAUAUUGCUGACUCGCGUACAUCUGUAACAAAGUUACGCAGUAUUUCCAGUAAAAUAAAAAGAAGUGAAAUAGUCAAGAAGAAGUUUCAGUCUGCUUGUGAAGCAGCUGGCGUGCCAUCAAAUCUGAAUCCCAUUCUUGACUGUCCAAUGAGAUGGAAUUCCACACAUGAUAUGAUUGGAUUUGGUUUAAAAGUGAGAGCGGGCAUUAACAUAUUGUGCAGUUCUGUCACCGAAUUGAAUGAUUUUCAAAUCACAGCUAGUGAAUGGCAAAUACUCGAAAAAAUACAUAAGUUUCUAAUAAACUUUAAACUUUUAAGUACAAAACUUGGUGGAGAAAAAAUGUUACAUUACCGCUAG